AUCGGAGAGCGCAAAUAUGUGACCUCUGUCGCACGUUUACAUCAUUGCUCCAUCAAUCCACGCAUUCCCAGUAAUUGUUUAUUUUACUAUUAUUGUAAUCACCAUGAUCAUACUUUCCGCUUCAGCAUCUUCUUAUUCUUCCUACCUUGGUGCGUUCGUUAUUGGUUUCUUUUUUUGCGUUUCUCUCCGUUGUCAUCAUCACCAAUAUCAUCAUCAUCCUUCCCCUUUCUCGCAUUAAUGAUAACUCUUGGCGUGUUUAUGUUCGUGUUUAUGUGUGUGUCAUGCGACGUUAGAAUUGGCCGGGAUCGGGAUGUAUUUAUACGAGACUCGGACGGUCGCAAUUCCGCACAUCGUUUCGUGGGUGGAAGCCCAAUUGAACGCUUUCGAAUACAGCCCAAUUCAUCAAACGUGGUCAGUGAUCCGACGAUAUGCGAGAAGAUGUCGUUUCUUCAAUCCAAUUCUGCUGCUCUAUUCGUAUGCUGUCUCCUCCUGGGGAUGAGUCACGUCCGUCCCUCGGCUCUUCCUGCUGUAGGGAUCCAAGGGGCUUUGUACAACGUCCCAGGUAUAGGCCAUAGACCGCUCAUCAUCAAACCUUAUCCAGGUAUAGAGAACGUCCAAAGCGAUCUGUACGAAGUAUACAUGGAACCAUACACUUUCGAUUUGCAUGCGGUUUCUGCGGUGGCCGUCCUGCAGAGCGAAGGUGAAAACACCGUCAAAGGAGAGAUAAUCUUCGUGCAAAGACAUCCACCUGCAGGACCUGUAAUUAUUAGAGGUAAUUUGACAGGUUUAACAGCAGGAAAGCAUGGAGUUCAUAUCCAUCAAGCGGGAGACAUGCGGCAAGGAUGCGAGAAACUGGGUCAACAUUACAAUCCUUUCCUGUUGCAUCACGGUGGACCCAGGGAUCCUGAAAGACAUGUCGGAAAUUUGGGAAACGUCCAGGCCGACGAUUCUGGAGCUGCAGAGUUGAAUGUUGUUGAUCAUCAGAUGUCUUUGAACGGUCCCAGAGGUGUUAUUGGAAGGUCUUUGGUGGUGACGAUGAAUGAGGAUGAUCUGGGUCGAGCGGGGACUGCGGAUAGUGUUACUACUGGAUCAUCGGGAAAGCCUAUAGCUUGCGGCAUCAUCGCUUACAUUCGGUAGACUGAGCGAGAAACAUUUUGUGAAAUUACGUUGUGAUAAAGAAAAAAAAAAUAGUAUUGAAAGAAGCAAUAAAUAAAGGAAU